GACCAAGGCUUCAACGGGAUAAAAAGUGGGAUUAAAGUAAAAAGAAGAAAUAGACCAAGACUUGAAGCCAAAUCUGCAGCGACGAAAAAUAAUUUAAAGCCACCACACCAAUCCCUCAGUUGUUCAUCAUACGCUUUCCUUACUCUGCUAGCAAAAAUGAAAACUUUACAAUCUUUUGUCCUCCUGUUGUUCUUCACUAUCUGUCAUAAUGUCACAACUGGAGUCUACAGCCAGUGUCUCAAAGACCAGCAACUGUCAUUGCUCCAUUUGAAGAAAAACCUCUCAAUCGGAUAUUCUCCGGUUUCUUCCAAGUUUGUAUCGUGGGAUUCAAGUACAGACUGUUGUUCUUGGCUCGGUGUUACUUGCAGUAGCAACGGGCGUGUUGUUGGUCUUGACAUUAGCAGCCAACACAUCUCCGGUCCGAUUCUAGAAUUCUUUUCCAACUUUUCAAACCUGACGGUGUUGAACUUGGACAGAAACAAUAUCUCCGGUCCAAUUCCAGAAUUCUUUUCCAACUUUUCAAACCUAACGGUGUUGAAAUUGGACGGAAACAAUAUCUCUGCUCCGGUUCCAGGGUUCUUUGCCAAGUUUUCAAAGUUGACUACCUUGAGUCUACGUGAUUGUGGGUUACGUGGAACAUUUCCGAAGCAGAUCUUUCAGGUACCUACUCUACAAACUCUUGACCUUUCCCUUAAUCCGGAACUUCAUGGUUCCUUGCCAGAAUUUCCCAAGAAUGGAUCUCUUCGAUCCCUGAUUUUAAGCCAGACAAACUUUUCAGGGUUAUUGCAUGACUCUAUUGGCAACCUCAACAUGUUGUCCACACUAGACCUUUUCGAAUGCAAUUUCACUGGAUCAAUCCCAAAGUCAAUCGGAAACCUAACGAAAUUGGUUUAUUUGGACCUGUCAUCAAACAUGUUUAAUGGUCCAAUUAGUUCUAUUCACUGGGAAAACCUUAUUAAUCUGGUAAAUCUCCGGUUGUACGACAAUCAACUAUUGGGGAGCAUUCCGUCAUCUCUGUUUUCUCUUCCCUUGUUGCAGGGCUUGCAACUUUCCAAUAAUAAUUUCUCUGGGCAACUCCCUGAAAUUUUUAACGUCUCUUCUAGUUUAGUUACUUUCAUUGAUUUGAGUUUCAACUAUUUGGAAGGACCAGUACCCGUGUCUAUCUUUAAUUUUCGAGCGCUUCAAACCCUCACUCUUUCUUCAAAUAAUUUCAGUGCCUUUCCUUUUAAUGGUCCUCAUCAGCUGCCGUAUCUGACGGAGAUUCAUCUUUCGCACAAUAGCUUGCUGGUUUUAUACAAUGGCAGCAAUUCCUCGUACUCUUCAUUUCCUCGAAUUGCUAAUUUCAGUUUAGAUUCCAACAAGUUGAGAACAUUCCCAGUUUUCUUGAGAAAUCAAACCUAUUUAAAAAAGUUGGACCUUUCGGAAAACCAAAUUGAAGGCCAGCUACCCAAUUGGAUAUGGAAGCUUGAUUCUCUUGAUUACCUAGAUGUUUCUUAUAAUGCCUUGGAAAGUCUCGAAGGUCCUUUCGUCAACUCCACAUCUCCUGUGUCUAGGCUUGACCUUCAUUCAAACCAGCUUAAGGGGCCAAUUUCAUUUGUCCCACCAAAUGUCGAUUAUCUGGUUUACUCGGACAAUCAUUUCAGUUCUAGUAUUCCAUUAUCAAUAUGCAAUGCAAGUGGUCUUAUCGUUCUUGAUUUGUCCAAUAAUUCUCUGAGUGGUGAGAUUCCUCAGUGCUUGGCUGCAAUGAGCACACUCAUGACACUCAAUGUCAGGAAAAACAACAUUACUGGAAUGAUUUCUAAUCUUGAAUUUCCUGAGUCAUUAGAAGCUCUAGACCUCAGCCAAAAUCAGAUUGAAGGUCCAUUUCCAAAGUCUCUAGCCAGGUGCACAAGUUUAAUAUUUUUAAACCUUGCAGAGAAUCAGAUAACAGACACCUUCCCAUGCUUGUUGAAGAACAUCUCCACCUUGAUCGUUCUUGCUUUGCGGUCCAACAAUUUCUAUGGAGGCAUUGGAUGUCCAGCAGUGAAGACCAAUGCCACCUGGCCGGUUCUUCAAAUCCUAGACUUAGCUUACAACAAUUUCAAUGGUGAAGUACCAGGAUUCUCUCUGACAACAUGGCAAGCAAUGAAGGAUAGCAGAGAUGUUGGUUUCCCGUCGACAGUCAGGGCUUCUAGAAUCCCUUAUAAAAGAAGGGAAUAUUCUUAUCAGCAUUCUAGAUUCCCUUAUAAUGGAAGGGGAUAUUCUUCUAAGCGUUCUAGCAUCCCUUAUGAAAGAAGCGGAUAUUCUUCUAAGUAUUCUAGAAUCCGAAGCGAAUAUUCUUGCACGUGUGCUAAGGAUACAUCCCCUGAUGACAAAACGGUUGUAAUUACUUAUGGGCCUGCUAUUUCUUAUGAGCCUGGUAUAACGAUUACAAGCAAAGGUUUAAAGACGGAUCUGGCAAAGAUUCUAUCUGUCUUGACCUUGAUUGACUUCUCAUGCAACAAUUUCAGUGGGUCAAUUCCCAAGGAAAUGGGAGCUUUGAAAUCUUUAUAUUUUCUCAACUUGUCGAGCAACGCUUUCACAGGUGAAAUCCCAUCGUCAUUUGGUAACAUGCGACAACUCGAGUCCUUGGACCUGUCACAGAACAAGUUGAGCGGGCAAAUCCCACAACAGCUGGCAAACCUUAGUUUCCUUGCAGUCCUGAAUCUCUCGAAUAAUCAACUUGUCGGCAAGAUCCCAGCUGGUACUCAAAUUUCAACAUUUCCAAACUACUCAUUUACAGGGAACAAAGGAUUAUGGGGGCCUCCGCUAACGGUGGAUUAUAAAGCAGGACUGUUACCACCACCAACAUUAAAUGGAAGCCAUCCAAAUUCUACAGAUGAGAUUGAUUGGGAUCUUAUUAGCGUCGAAAUUGGAUUUGUAUUUGGCUUUGCAGUUGCUGUUGGGUCACUUGUGUUUUUCAAGAGAUGGAGUAAAUGGUAUUACAGGUCUAUGUAUAAAAUCAUUGUGAGGAUACUCCCUCAGCUUGAAGAAAGAAUUGGUCCUCAUCGAAGACAUGUUCACAUAAAUCAGAGGUGGAGACGUUGAAAUGUUUAUGAGGAGCAAGCUGCUGGACUCCAUGUUGUGCCUAGGGUUUUGCACCCUCGUUUCUACCCUGUCUAGUUUGCUUUCUAUGAAUAUCGAAAUCAGCCGAGAUCAAGAGUCAACAAGGACAUGGAUGCAUUAUAUCUUAUAUCCUAGAAUCGACCGUAAUGGCGUUCUAGGAUUCAUAUAGCCGAUCCCAUUUAGUGGGAAAAUGCUUUGUUGUUGUUGUUGUAUGCUUCUUUUGUUUGUUCUCCCUUGUUUUGGCUUUGGUUUGUGAGAAAAUUAUCUCUUUUCUUUUGUGUGUUUGUACAGAGUCUUUGAUUUUAAAUGUUUGCUCUGUUUUUCGUGCACUGGUCAAGUUCUGUUUAUAUAUUAUCGCUCAAUUUGCUUUGAUUGAGAAAGAUAUGGAAAGACAGCUCCUCCACAGUUUCCUUCA